ACUGUUGUUAUUGUUCUGUGGAUCAGGUGCUAAGCACUUGAAAAUUUAUCUCUCGUGAAUGAUAAUGGAAAUCGAUGACCUCAAUGACGACUGCCUGUGCAUUAUAUUCGAGUAUCUGCCACUGCCCGAUCAAAUUGCUAUGGCACGCAACUCGCUGCGCUACGAGCAGCUACUCUCCCAAAUUGUCUGGCGAAAGCCGCAAUUCCGCGAAGUUUCCGUUGCGAAUGAGAUGCUGUCUCCGCUGAGCAAAGAGGAUUACAUGUACUUCUUUGAGCUGACGAGCGCCCACAUGGAGAAGCUGUACAUAUGGAAGGUGCACGAGAAGGCCUUCGAUUCGUAUCUGGGGCGGCAUCUGCUGCGACCAGAGUUGGCCUUCUAUCUGCGCCUGGAGCUCACAAAUUUGCGCGAGCUGUGCGUCACCGACGGUUAUCUGAACAACAGCAUGAUCAAGACAAUAACCAAAAGCUGUCCGCAUCUGCGCAGUUUGAGUGUCUCGAGUGCCUAUAUAACCGGCAAGUUUAUGGUCGGUCUGCAUAACCUCAAGACUCUUGUGGCGCGUGAGUGCUCAAUUGAGGCUGAAUACUUGUCGGAGCUGCUGGGGCAGCUGCAGCUGACCACACUGGAUGUGACCGCCAACAAACACAAUGUGGAGGAGACGAUACUGCAAGCGCCCGCCGCUGGCCUGAUGCGAUUGGAGCGCCUGGGCAUCUCGGAUGCACAGGAUUGCGGCUUUCGCAUCGCCGAGCAACUGCCGGAGGUGAAAGAACUGGUGGUUAGCUACAUUGGCGUUAAGGCGGAGGACCUCAGCGAUAUGUUGGAGGCGACGCGAAAAUUGGUGGAGUCGUCGAAUGCAAAAUUUCCAAAGCGCCUGCAAACAAUUUUGUGCAAUGUGGUCGACGUGGAGGUUGCUCUGGAGCAGAUAACGGGCCUGGAGACGCGUAGUCCACGCGAAUCGCCCAAAUUCUGUGAGCUCUUGAAGAUUAUCUACAAAUGUAAAUAGUACUAUUAUUAUAUAUAUAGAAGGAUCGCCUCGCAAGAGGUAUUCUCCUUUGGGUACGCAAGGUACAUACAUAUGUAUAUAAUUUAUGAUCAGCACUUAAAUCGAACUCAAUGCAGUCAUGUCUGCCUAUA